AGCUCGAGGCCGUGGGAAAGCAGAUUCGCGACCUGGAGGUGAGGCAGGCCCAGCUGAGAGAGCGGAGAGCCGCGCUGGAAUCAUCCCGGGCUGACGCUCACAAGUCCGGGGUAAGUAUACAGCGAUCUGCUAACAGUCCCACCACGUCUACUCCGUGUGUUUCUCUGCACAGGCCCGGUGCACCCAGGACGCGAUCUUCCCAGAUGUCCUUCACUGCGACGCCGGGACACCACGGACCCUGGGUGCAUCCACAGCGGAGGACGCGAGCCGGGUCCCGGGCGACGACUUCUCCCCCUCCUGCCUUCGACAUCUCCAUCCGGAACCGCUUCGCUCCCCUCCGCGAGACAGGACGCGACGCUGUGAUCAUCGGAGACUCCAUCGUCCGACACGUAAGUGCUACGUUAGCCGAAGGUAAAGUGCACACUCAUUGUUUGCCUGGGGCUCGUGUUCUCGAUGUUUCUGCGCAGAUACCCGCGAUCCUGAAGGUCGACGAGAGCCCCAGAGCGGUCGUGCUUCACGCCGGGGUUAACGACACCACGCUGCGGCAGACGGAGACGCUGAAGAGGGAUUUCAGCAGCCUGAUCGAGACGGUUCGCAGCACGACGCCCGCGGCGACGAUCGUCGUGUCAGGACCACUGCCCACGUAUCGAAGAGGACACGAAAGGUUCAGUAGACUUUUUGCUUUAAAUGAGUGGUUGUUGUCAUGGUGUAAAGAACAGAAACUGCUAUUUGUUAAUAACUGGAAUCUUUUCUGGGAGCGUCCUAGGCUGUUUCGCGCUGAUGGAUUACACCCCAGCAAAAUCGGAGCGGAGCUGCUCUCUGACAACAUCUCCAGGACACUUCGCUCCAUGUGACUAGAUUUACACAAGCUCCAGUCUGGAUCCAGAACACCUGAGAAAAGAUGAUGCUGACCCUCAGAGGAC